AUGUCGAACCAAACGUCUUCAAACUCUUAUGCCUCACCGACAACGCCAUCCUCUGAGAACCAUCUCGGCGCGCCCGAGUUUCCACCUACGGCUAACGAACAGCCCAAAUUGUUCUUCCGCGAUAAGUAUGCGAAACUCGGAGUCAAAGGCAAUUUCAUGCCCUUGGCUGCCCAGCCUGUCAAUGUAGACAUUGCUGAUUGGCUUGCCCAUCAAAAUGUCCGCUGGACGCCGGUCUCAGUAUCAGCGUCGCAGUAUAUCUCGCUCGUACAGCGAUGGAUGAAUGGUAAAGUUCACGAUCCAAAGGCAUUCCCAACGGACAUGCCAGAUGCGUCUUCCAGUAAUACAUAUGCUUCCGGUAGCGUCAGCAUCCCAACCACAGAAAGACCAAUCGCCGCAGGCCCAACUUCCCUGAGUACGCCUCUCUCAAAGCUGGCCGGUAAGGACUGGAUUGGCCGGGAGGUAGGCUUUCCGGAGAAUUUCUUCAACGACUGUCGAACCUGCUUUCGUCAGAUCUUUCGCAUCUACGCUCAUUUGUAUCAUUCGCAUUGGGUAGACCCAUUCUGGCAUCUAAGCAGCGGAUCCAACUCUCAAGGAUGGACAGACUUGAAUUCAUGUUUCGUCCACUUCUGCACAGUAGCUAAACUCUAUGGACUUCUGACGGAAAAGGAUGCCGAGCCUAUGCAACCUCUGCUUGAUAUCUGGAUUGCCAACGGCUCUAUACCUGCCGAGGCUGCUAGAGAGACCCACAAGAUUGUGCCACCCUAA